AUGCCUAGUAUCCAGUACCAGAUUCGGCCGUUUCGAGCCCCUUUACUUCCUGACGAUGGGAGUAUCGGCUCGACCGCUCCGUCACAGCUGUCGUACCAAUCCGACGCCCUGCCAGACAGAGCCCCUUUCUUGCUCCGUACCGACAGUCUCGGCUCGACAGUCACCUCCUCAAAGACAUCCUCACAGACCGAACCCCCCCUUGUCCGAGCCCCUUUCCACCUGCUGCGUACGAACAGUCGCCGAUCAGAUGCUCCGGAAAAGACAUCCUACCACUCCCUGCAGGCAGAGCUAGGCGACCGGAAGGACCAGGAUUUCUGGCAGCACACUCGGAAGCCGUUCUUCAUCAAAAUUGCUGCCGUCUUUGUCCUGCUUCAGCUGCUGUUCCUGGGAAACGUGUCCUACCUCUAUGGUUCUCUGUGGGGCUCAAAUGGUCGCGUCUCAUCGCUGAAUGUCUUGUGGUUGGAUCUCGACGGCGGAGUGAUAGGCGAAUCUGUGAACAGUGCUUAUGAGAACCUUCGAGGCUCCAACUUCCCAUCACUCGACAAGCCGUCUGGGAGCGAACUGCAGUCUGUCGCCGAGGCGCUAGACGCCGUGAGAGCUGGAUCGUACUGGGCGGCAUUUGUGGUCAACCCAAAUGCAUCGGCGAGACUUGCUCGCGCCCUUGCCAGUGGCGAGGUGGCGCGGACCUACCAGGCUUCUGACGCGUUGACAUACGUAUGGAAUGAAGUCAGAUAUCCCCCAUUCUCCGACGAGGCGUUGAUGUCCAGUUUCGAGCUGUUGGCACAGGCCGCCGAACAGGAGUAUCAUCUCAGACAGGGCCAACCCGCGCUACAGAACCUGAAUCGAAACAGCAGUGCGGCCGUCCAAGUUCUAUUCCAUCCGAUCGGCAUCUCCGGCGUGAAUAUCAUGGAAACCACAAAUCCAACUCGGCUUCUGUACAAUACAGCGACCAUGGUGAUGCCAGUGCUGGAACAGUUCUUUUUCGUGUUGAUCCUGAAUGGACUCUCUGACGAGUUGGGCAUAUACAAAAAGGUGCCUGCGACGACUACGGGAAUCAUCCGAGUGGCAUUUGCCUUCUGCUACACCCUCCUGUCCGCACUCGGCAUGACCGGAUACAUCUGGGCAUUCCGAGAGACAUGGGCGGUGGACGGGAAGCAGUUGGGCCUGACGUGGAUGACCUUUUGGCUGCUUCACACGGUGCACUUUGUCGUUGUGGACACGGCGGCCGCGUUCUGGCCUGUGCCUGUCAUGCCGUUCUUCAUUCUGACCUGGAUCGUCCUCAACUUAGCAAGCUCCGUCAGCCCGCUCCAACUCAAUCCGGCGUUUUAUCACUGGGGGUACGCACUCCCGGAUAACGAGGCGUAUUCUCUCCUGACGGAUAUUUGGUCCAAGGGGGCGGUGCCCGUGCUCCAUCGCGCUCUUCCGAUCUUGUUUGCCUGGCUGCUGGUUGGCUCAAGCACAGCCAUCAUUGGUCACUUUCGUCGCUGUCGACUUGCUCGUGAUACAUGA